CAUGCAUUGAUUCGCUAUCAUCCGCUCUAAAGACUUGUGCCCAGCCUCAAGUAGUUUGCUGACUCUGUUUGUUGUAAUACAAUUAGCUGACAAGGAUAAUCUAAAAUAAACAAUCAUCGUUUUCGAGUUCGCGAAAGGAUCCAGAGAAAAGUUAUACAUCCAUCUACCCGUGAAUCCGAGAGUCGACAGUCGAGAGUUCUUGUCCCAGCUCAAUUCUAGACGCAAUCAGUUUCAGUACCAGGAGCGUAUUUCUUGCCAAGUUUUUCAAAAAAACACCUGAAAACCCAGCCAGAUCGCCAAUAAGCAGUGAAAGUGUCAACACAUUUCGAGUGCUUAUUGCAAAUCAAACAAGAAAAGCGUAACCAAGCACAUAAGCAAAUAGUAUUCUAAGUGUUUUUGGCAACACUUUGCGUAAAUUUUUGUUAAUUACCCCGAAACAAAAAACCACACACACAAAACAAAAUGAUGGCCGUUGCAGCAGCCCAAAAGAACCGCGAGAUGUUCGCCAUCAAGAAAUCCUACAGUAUUGAGAAUGGCUAUCCAUCCCGCCGUCGCAGCCUGGUGGACGAUGCCCGUUUCGAGACCCUGGUGGUCAAGCAGACCAAACAAACCGUCCUCGAGGAGGCCCGCAACAAGGCAAAUGACGAUUCUCUGGAGGACUGCAUUCUGCAGGCUCAGGAGCACAUUCCUGCCGAGCAGAAUGUGGAGCUCCAGGACGAGCAGGCCAAUCUGGAGAACCUUCCCCUGGACGAAGAAUAUGUUGCAGUUGAGGAGGAUGUUGAGUUCGAGAGCGUUGAGCAGCAGCAGUCGCAGGAGCCAGAGGGCGAACGCCAGCCGACCAAGAACGAUUACGGUCUCACCGAGGACGAGAUUUUGUUGGCCAAUGCCGCUUCGGAGUCCCCGGAAGCCGAGGCUGCCAUGCAGAGUGCCGCUUUGGUGGUCCGCCUCAAGGAGGGCAUCUCCUCCCUGGGCCGCAUCCUCAAGGCCAUCGAGACCUUCCACGGUGCCGUCCAGCAUGUGGAGUCCCGCCAGUCUAGGGUCGAGGGCGUCGAUCACGAUGUCCUGAUCAAGCUGGACAUGACCCGCGGCAAUCUGCUGCAGCUCAUCCGUUCGCUGAGGCAGUCGGGCUCCUUCAGCAGCAUGAAUCUGAUGGCCGACAACAAUCUAAACGUGAAGGCCCCCUGGUUCCCCAAGCACGCCUCCGAGCUGGACAACUGCAACCAUCUGAUGACCAAGUACGAGCCCGAUUUGGACAUGAACCACCCCGGAUUCGCCGACAAGGUGUACAGGCAGCGCCGCAAGGAGAUUGCCGAGAUUGCCUUCGCCUACAAGUACGGAGACCCGAUCCCAUACAUCGAGUACUCCGACGUGGAGGUCAAGACCUGGCGCUCGGUCUUCCGCACCGUUCAGGAUCUGGCUCCCAAGCACGCCUGUGCCGAGUACAGGGCCGCCUUCCAGAAGCUCCAGGACGAGCAGAUCUUUGUUGACAACCGUCUGCCGCAGCUGCAGGAAAUGUCCGACUUCCUGCGCAAGAACACCGGAUUCUCGUUGCGUCCUGCCGCUGGUCUCCUGACCGCCCGCGACUUCCUCGCCUCCCUGGCCUUCCGCAUCUUCCAGAGCACCCAGUAUGUGCGCCACGUCAACUCGCCCUACCACACCCCCGAGCCUGACUCCAUUCACGAGCUGCUGGGUCACAUGCCCCUGCUGGCCGAUCCCAGCUUCGCCCAGUUCUCGCAGGAGAUUGGACUGGCCUCGCUGGGUGCCUCCGACGAAGAAAUCGAGAAGCUGUCCACGGUCUACUGGUUCACUGUUGAGUUCGGUCUCUGCAAGGAACAUGGUCAGAUCAAGGCCUACGGCGCCGGACUCCUGAGCUCCUACGGCGAGCUCCUCCACGCCAUCAGCGACAAGUGCGAGCACCGUGCCUUCGAGCCCGCCUCCACUGCUGUGCAGCCCUACCAGGAUCAGGAGUACCAGCCCAUCUACUACGUGGCCGAGAGCUUCGAGGAUGCCAAGGACAAGUUCCGUCGCUGGGUCAGCACCAUGUCGCGUCCCUUCGAGGUGCGCUUCAACCCGCACACCGAGCGCGUCGAGGUCCUGGACUCUGUGGACAAGCUGGAGACCUUGGUGCACCAGAUGAACACGGAGAUCUUGCACCUGACCAACGCCAUCUCCAAGCUGCGACGCCCGUUCUAAAGAGAGGGAGAGAGAGAGUGGGAGGAAAUGAUAUAUAGAAGCACCCAAAACACCACACCACCCACCCACCCCCUCGCACACCACCACAUUCACAUACAGGUGCAACGGUCUCAUUUUUACAAAUUAAUUUUAAAUUGACAUACCGCACAAUCCCUCGUAUUUUAUUUUUUGUUUAUUGUUUUUUGUUUAAUUUUAUUUUAUUGUCAUCCAAAAAAGUUCUAUUUGUCGAAUCGAAAAAAGCAAGCAUAUUUAUUUGUUGAUCACCGAUCACCCGAUACACAACAAACACACCCGACCCGCAUAUUUAUCACCGCAACUAUUAUUGGACCAAAAAAUCGUUAGACGUUUAAGUGAUGUGAAAACAAAGCCAGGCAAAGCGAAUUAAGUGAAGUGAAGUUAAGCGCUGGGAGAGCAAAGUUCAUAUACCAUCCGCACUUAGUAGGCAAAGUACCACACAAAACCGAUUGUAUACUCAGACACAAAAUGUUUUUGUAUUAUUAUUAUCUUCUUCUUUUUGUCUCUCACAAUAUUUACCUAGACUAUAUAGACACGCGAUAUAGUAUGCCCGGUAUUAUAACUUCAUUCGGAGAGAGUAUUUCUUAAUACAAAAUUGAAUUGAAAAAAAAAUACAACAAUCAAACAAACGGAAAAAAAAACGGAAAAGAUCAAAAUGAAAUGGAAAACAAAAUAGAAUUUUCUUACAUUGUACAAUAACUGUAAACGACAAUAUUACUAUUGUGUACUAUUAUUAUUAUUAUCUAUUAUUAUGCUUAUGACUAUUACGUAUUGUAUUGUAGGUAUGUAGAGUUUAAACAUUAUUAUUUUAUUUAAGUUUUGUGUAUUAAUAAAAUUAAAAAUGCAAUUGAAAAAUAA